UAUAUUACAGCGAGCUCUGCUUCACAGUUCUCCCACCCUCCCUCCCCGAAAAGUCAGACUUUUCCCAUCUCCUCUCAGAGCUCCGCCAUGGCUCCACCACCAGAGCACAUAGCCGGCGAGAACGCCGCCGAUGUGGCGAGCACUUCUCCCCGCUCGCCGGAAAUCGGCGGCUAGGGUUAGGGUUUUAGCAGCCGAGAGCAACAGGAACCGCCGCCGUUUCGCGGAAUCCGGCGCCGCCUCCGUUCUCGCCGCCGCUUUCCGCACUUUCGCUACUUCCGGCUCCGCAUCCCUAGAUUUCCUCUCAGAAAUCCUCUCGGCGCUGGUCCUCGUUUACCCCGCCGACGACGGGGAGGUUUUCUCUGAAAUCGGAUCGCCGGAAUCACUCCACGCGAUCGCAUCGAUUCUUCGAUCGGGGAAUUCGACCGCAAAGCUCGAUGCUGUUUUGGUCCUGAAACAGAUCGUUUGGUUUGAUGGCGAUCUCGCUAGGGCAGCGGCGCUGAUCGAUGGUCUAAUUGAAAUAUUGCUGAAAUUGAUACUUGAUCCGAUUUCUCCGCGAGGUAAGAAGGCCGCGCAAUUGACCGCGUUUCAUCUCGCGGCGUGUUCAGAAGAAAGUAUGGCGGCGAGGUUUGUGAGGAUGGGGGUUUUCUCUUUGGUGAUCGAAUCUCUGGUGGACUCGCAAUCGGAAAAGAGAGUGAGCGAGGCGGCGCUUUCUGCACUUGAUAGACUCUGCGGAUGUGAGUUGGGGAGGGAGAAAGCGUAUGGGAAUGCGCUUACAGUCCCUGUUCUUGUGAAGAAGAUUUUUGGGUUUUCGGACAUGGCGACUGAACUGGCUGUAUCUUCAUUGUUGAAGCUGUGUAAGAAUUGGGAAGGAAGGGAGAAGGAAGAAGGGAGAGAGGGUGGAUGUGUGGUGGAAGCCCUGCAAGUUGGGGUUUUUGUGAAGCUUUUGAUGCUGCUUCAGGUGGAGGGGAGAGAAAAGGUGAAGGAGAGGGCGACUGAGCUGCUGAGGUUUCUGAAUGAUUAUGGGAAAGAUUUGGGAUGUGUUGAUAGCAGAGAUUUCAGAGGGCUGCGGCGGCCUGUGUGAUUUCAGUUUUACUGCAAGUUUUUUUAGGUUUUUGUAGAUAGAUGAUGACGUUGCUUUUUCUUAUAUGUUGAAUAUUGGCUUCAUUAUGAACUUUUUUUUUUUUUUUUUUGAUAUGUUAUGUAUUCAUCUUAUGGAGUAUUUGAGU